AUGCUCGGAGACAAGGAGCAUCGUGUCCGGAAUGCUGUGGUGGAGUCCCUCUCGGAGGUCGUCAUGAAGUACGACCGCGCUGUGCAUAAGACUUUGGGCUCCUGCCUUGAGGACGAGGAUCCCCUGAUGCGGAGGAUGGCUGCUGAAGCUCUUGCAGUCGUUUCCGAGACGGGCGAUGAGUAUGUCUGUCUGAUGCUCGAAGCACACCUGGACGACCCGGACAAAGCGGCCCAGCGCGCCGUUCGGGAGAGUCUCACGCGACUGGGCCGCGAAGGAGUGAACCGACUGCGGUCGGCUGGCAAAGCUACACGAAAGUCGCGGGCAUGA